AUGCUGGGCGACACAGCUCCUCGAUGGGACAUCCCCGUGCCCAGCGGUUACUCUUUUGCUUCGGUGGAUCUUGAGGCCAUCAAGUCAAGAAUGACCUCUCUAUUGGAUCAGGAGCUUUACGAAUCUGCUUCCAUCCUCGGGGAGUCAGUGCGCCUUCACUUGCAUGGCCUUCACGUCUACCGACCAGCUGCCUCCCUCGACCCUCUUUUGGCUCGUGCCUACCGACGUCAAGGCGAUGUCAAGCGUGCUAAGAUUGUCUUGAACAGCGCGCUGCAGCACUGCACCGGUACCGAGGAGCCCAUGUUGUGGAAUGAGCUUUUGGAAUGUCACCUGCAGCUGCACGACCAUGAGAGCGCGAACAAGUUGCUGUUGCAGGUUAACCUCGAUCUCAUACCACCAUCCAUUCUCAUUCGUGUGGCGCGCUUUGUUCAAGUGCGCGAUCGGCAUCAUGCCAUCCGUCUGCUGAAGAAAGCCUUGGCGCAAGAACCCUACGCACUAGAGGCUCAGGCCAUGCUGCUCAAGCUUCAAACCGACGUGCGUGAGGCUGAGCUUACUACCAAAGCUUGCCGGUACGAUAAAGCCCUUUACUGGUGGCCCGCCGCAGCUGCUGCACAUGCUUGUGAAGGGCUGGGCGAUGUUCUCGAGGCCGUCAAGCACGUCGAACUGGGUUUGCAAGUGGCUCCCCACAGCACCUAUCUCCUGGGCCUUUUGGGCUCACUCCGCUACAUGCAUGGCAACAUGGCGGCCUCGAUCAUGGCGUUUGACAAGGCAUGGGAGGGUGACAAUCAUUUGGCGCGACGGUUCAUGCCCACGUACGCUAUUCUGCUACAAACAUGCGGCCGACAGAAUGAACUGCAGGCCCUGGCCGGCGCCAUGAUGGACGCCAAUCCGCAACAGCCCGAAGCAUGGCAGGUGGCCGCCGAGUACAUGAGCCUCAUGUGCAAUUCCCAAGAGGACAUUGCUUUGUGUACCGACUACGCCGACAAGGGCAAGGCGUUUGUUCAGCGGGCCUUGGAACUCGACCCUCUGUGCCACGAGGCGCAGGUCACGGCAGGCUUUUUGUACAUCCGCUUGGGCCAGAUGGACGAUGCUCGCUUCACGUUUCGGAAGUCACUGGCUCUAGGCAGCACCUUUCGAGCACAUCAAGGCCUCACACGAUCCAUGUUGGGACUCAAGCGCUACCGAGAAGCCAUUCAGACUGUCCUGCCCCUCCCUGCCAAGGCAAAAACAACCAAAAACAACGGCAACGUCGGGGAGAGCGACACAUGCUUAUGCUUGAUGGCGGUGCAGGUGGCCAAGGACUAUGCUGAAAAGAUGAAAAAGAGUCCACGAGCUCUUGCUUUGCUGGGUCAUGUGUGCAACAAUUUUUCGGAUGGAUCAGCACGGGCACGGCGAGCAUUCACGCAAGCUUUGGCCCUGGACGCCCACUGCAUCGACGCCAUCUUUGGCAUGUGUGAGGUGUAUGCACGGGAGAAGCAGUUUCAAAUGGGCAUUGACCUGCUCGAGCGUCAUGCCUCGUACUUUCGCACGGACACGAUAUACAACCGACUGGGCAAUUUGUACAUGGACAACAACGAUCCAGCCACGGCAUUGGAGUACUUUAAGAUUUCGCGAACCUUGACGUUGCAGACAACCGUGGUGGACCGGCUCAUUGCUUCGGCGCAGCACCGCUUGAACGGCACCUCGGAGGAGGAGUAGACCGCGUGCGUAUGUGUGUGUGAGUGUAUGUGUCGCUCUAAAAAAAGAAUCGGUGGUACCAACCAAGGUGCACAACACCCUGCUUUGACCACUCGUUUAUCCCCUUCCUGUGGCCACCGUCCCCCCUCGGCCGCGUCCUCCUGUUCUCGUCAAAAUAAGAAAGAGUUGGACUCCGUAAAAUUUUUGG